AUGGCGUCCACCACCCACCACCAAGGUAUGGAUUCCGGGAAACUGACAGGAGAACCACCUCCGGAGGACAGGUGUCCGGUGGAAGAGGUGGCUCUGGUGGUCCCAGAAACCGACGAUCCAUCACUCCCAGUUAUGACAUUUCGAGCUUGGUUUCUUGGUCUAACCUCAUGCACAAUCUUGAUAUUCCUCAACACUUUCUUCAUCUACCGCACACAACCCUUAACCAUCUCUGCCAUUCUCAUGCAAAUAGCUGUGUUGCCCAUUGGGAAGUUCAUGGCCUCUACCCUUCCCAAGACAAAGUACAGUGUGUUUGGUGGCCGUUGGAGUUUCAGUUUGAAUCCUGGCCCUUUCAACAUGAAAGAGCAUGUUAUCAUCACCGUUAUGGCUAAUUGUGGUGUCUCUAUUGGUGGUGGUGAUGCUUACUCCAUCGGAGCCAUUACUGUCAUGAAGGCUUACUAUAACCAGAGCUUGAAUUUCUUGUGUGGCCUUCUUAUUGUCCUAACCACUCAGAUAUUGGGGUAUGGAUGGGCUGGGAUGUUGAGGAGGUACCUGGUUGACCCUGUUGAAAUGUGGUGGCCUUCAAACCUUGCUCAGGUUUCUCUAUUUAGGGCAUUGCAUGAAAAGGAAUCAAAAUCAAAAGGCUUGACGCGGAUGCAAUUUUUUCUUGUUUUUCUGGCUGUGAGUUUUGCAUAUUACACAUUUCCGGGCUAUCUGUUCCCAAUUCUUACAUUCUUCUCAUGGGUCUGUUGGGCAUGGCCUCACAGUAUCACAGCUCAGCAGAUUGGUUCUGGUUAUCAUGGACUUGGGGUGGGUGCCUUUACCCUUGAUUGGGCAGGGAUAUCAGCUUAUCAUGGCAGCCCAUUAGUGACACCAUGGUCUUCCAUUCUCAAUGUUGGGAUAGGCUUUGUUAUCUUCAUCUACAUAGUUGUACCUGUAUGCUACUGGAAGUUUAAUACUUUUGAUUCCCGGAAGUUCCCCAUAUUUUCUAAUCAACUGUUCACUUCUAGUGGGCACAAAUAUGAUACGAAAAAGAUCUUGACUCCACAAUAUGACCUUAACAUUGCUGCUUACGAGAGUUAUAGCAAGCUCUAUCUUAGCCCUCUGUUUGCACUAUCAAUUGGAUCCGGAUUCGCAAGAUUUACAGCAACACUCACACAUGUAGCACUUUUUCAUGGCAGGGAUAUUUGGAGACAGAGCAGAUCUGCAGCGAAGAACGUUAAAUUGGACAUCCAUGCAAAACUGAUGAAACGUUACAAAGAAGUACCUCAAUGGUGGUACCUCAUUUUGCUGAUAGGAAGCAUUGCCGUAUCGCUCUUAGUGUCUUUUGUGUGGAAAGACGACGUGCAGCUGCCAUGGUGGGGGAUGCUCUUUGCAUUUGGUUUGGCUUGGAUUGUCACUCUUCCUAUCGGGGUCAUUCAAGCAACUACUAACCAGCAACCCGGAUACGACAUAAUCGCACAGUUCAUAAUUGGGUAUAUCCUACCAGGGAAACCCAUUGCAAACUUGCUUUUCAAGAUCUACGGUCGAACCAGCACCAUCCAUGCUCUCUCUUUCUUAUCUGACCUCAAACUUGGGCACUACAUGAAAAUUCCACCACGGUGCAUGUACACAGCUCAGCUGGUGGGAACACUAGUUACUGGUACAGUCAACCUUGCAGUUGCGUGGUGGAUGCUAGGGAGCAUCAAGAACAUCUGUGAUGUCGAAGCACUCCAUCCAGAGAGCCCAUGGACAUGCCCUAAAUUCCGAGUCACCUUUGAUGCUUCUGUUAUAUGGGGGCUAAUUGGACCAGAGAGGCUCUUCGGACGAGGAGGGUUGUACAGGAACUUGGUAUGGUUAUUCCUCAUAGGAGCUGUCUUGCCAGUACCCGUUUGGAUACUGAGCAAAAUCUACCCGGAAAAGAAAUGGAUUCCGUUGAUUAACAUACCUGUUAUAUCUUAUGGGUUUGCCGGAAUGCCACCAGCAACUCCCACUAACAUUGCUAGCUGGAUCAUUACUGGAACCAUCUUCAACUAUUUCGUGUUUAAGUACCGGAAAGGAUGGUGGCAGAAAUAUAACUACAUUCUUUCUGCAGCAUUGGAUGCUGGUACAGCAUUCAUGGGUGUUCUAUUGUUUUUCGCCUUACAGAACGAGGGCAAAACUGUGAAAUGGUGGGGAACGGAGCCUGACCAUUGUCCAUUGGCAUCAUGCCCUACGGCACCAGGCAAGCGCAGAGAUGUUAGAGCUGGCUAUAGGAAAAUGGCUAGACUAUCGGAUAGCUGUGAGAUCGGAAGCAACAUUGGCAAGAAUAUACAAGGGAUUCUGGUAGAACUGAUUGCAAGAGCAUUCCAAGCAAUCAAGCAAUCUAAACUCUAA